CGGGCCAUCUCUAGUUAUCGAACGCUUAUCGUAUUUUACUGGCCCAACGCCGACCAAGCGCGGAAAUGUGAAUUUCGCAAUUUUGUUUAAGUAGCAAGUCAAUAAAUAAAAGAAUUGUUUGUCUAACUGUUUGUAUAACAUAAGCAAAGAAAAUAAAACAAAUGGAAAUCAAUUAAACUGCGAGCUGAGCAGCAGUAUAAGAGUCUGAAGCAUUCCAAAAUUGCGCAGUAAAAAUCAAUAACUGUAAGUGGCACACACACUAACACAGCACAUGUAAAGCGCUGCACGAUGUCCGACGAAGAAGAAGAAUCCUUGUCCGAGGGCUUUUCAGCCAGCGAAGAGGACGAAUGGACCCCGGGAAAAGAUGCGCGCGGUGGCGGCGGUGGCGAAUCAUCCGAUGACGAUGACAGCGAAUUCGAGGAGCUGCCUGGCGGCGUCGGCGGCGCAGCUACUGCGCUGCCCGGAGCGACUGCAGCUGGCAACAGUGGACGCUCAAACAAAAGAAGAGAACAAAAGUCGCCCAGUGGCAUCAAAGGCGCCGCUGUGAAGAAACGCAAACCCAGCGGUCAAUCCUUGCGUUCCAAGCUAUAUAAUAAAUACCGACCGCCGCCAAAAACGUUUCCCACAUCACCACAACAGAAUUCGCCAACGGCGUCGGGUUCCAAUCGUCGAACGGCCUCAAAAAACGCCAAAACGCCCAAUGAAAGCAACAAUUGUGACUCCAGCAGCGAAUCCAGUGUGGAGGAUUAUUUAGUGAAUCCCGCUGAUCUCGAUUUGCGUUCCAGUUUCUUUACGGCCACCAACAAGGAGAAAUCGCCAGCGCCUCAAUUUGAUUGCAAUGCUGGCAUUGAUCCGGGAAAUCUCUCCGACUCUGACAAUGGUUCCGGUUCCGAGGACAACAACGAUAGCAGCAUGGAAGAUGCAGAUAAAGCAUUUGAUUUUCGUGAUCUGCUCGAGAAUGCCAACAGUUUGGAAAGGACCCGAGCAGCAUUGCUCAACAAACAGACGAGGACGAUGGAGACGGAGACGCCAUCACCAGGAGGAGGAAGGAUUAAGGACGCUGCAAUGGAUGUCAAUGCACUGCUUGCAUUGGGCGAAAAUCAAAACGAGAAACAAGAGGAGCGUACUAAGGAUCGUCGUCUUAAGGAGCCGCCCUCUUUGGAUGCUCCUUCGCGUCUCAGUAAAACCAAAUCAACUAGAAUUAAAAGGCACACGAAAACACGUCCUGCGUCCACUGUACUCGCUGCCGGUGCUGACACGGAUGACUCCGAGUUUGAGGAAGUAGCAGAUGACAACGCGGAUGAGGAUACGACACCAAAUGUGUCUGGUGAUCUGGAAAUUCACGUGGGGAUUCCCUCGCGCCAUCCCACCAAGGAGGAGAAGACCCAGUUGGAGCUGGAGAACGCACUGAAGCGUCGCAUGAAUCGGGACAUCAAAGAUCGACAACUUUUGAUGCACAAAGUGAGUCUGUUGUGUUGUAUUGCCAGGAGCAUUAAAUACAAUCGGAUCCUGGGAGAUUCCGCUCUGAUGCAGGAAUCCCUCAAACUGUUGCCUAGCAAGAAUGCUUAUCCCACCGAGCGAGGUGUGGAAUUAAAGUAUCUGCAGUCCUUCAUUACCUGGUUCAAAGUUGCUGUCAAGCUGCAGAGUCCAGAUUUGUAUCCCACGAAAAGUGCCAGCUCUAAGCGUGGCAUAAUCGAGGAUAUUUUGCAACAAAUGAAGCGAAAGGAGGCACGUUGCAAACAGGAUAUGAUCUUCAUAUUCAUUGCACUUGCACGCAGCAUGGGAAUGAACUGUCGCCUCAUUGUGAAUCUGCAGCCAAUGGCACUGAAACCACAGACUUGUGAUCUAAUUCCCAUCAAGCUAAAACCGACUGAAAAGAAUAAGAGUCAAAAAAAACAAACCGAAGAGGAUGAAGAUCCAGAUGAGGAUGAGGAUCAGUCGGACAACAAACAUAGCAAGUCCAAAAAGGCAAAGAGUUCGAAAGAGAGCUCAAAAACAACGACAGUUGGCAAAAGUUCGAAAGAAGUCGCUAAAAUUGCUGACAGUUCCCGGUCAAAAACAACGAACAAAGCGGACAGUGACUUAAAAAAAACUGUCGGUAAAGGGAUUGCAUCCAGUUCUAGAGGUAGUUCCAGAUCCAAAGCAGCACAGGAGCACAAAUCAAAAGACUCGCCGGGUAUGAGCUCAAGCACAGGGAAUUCAAGCACAAGCAAAAAGCAAAAGGAAGCUAGCCUCGAGAUAGAUGAUAAGCCCAGCACAUCCCGAUCCAGUCGACAAGCAACUGAAUCAACUAAAAUCAAGGCCAAGCCACAACUCUCAAUUCUCAAACGGGGCUCACACAACACCUCCGAUAAAGAGGAUGAUAAAAAGAAGCUCAAGCUGAGUCUGCAAAUUGAGGAGUCACCAAUUGCACGACGUACGCGCAAGGCAUCUGCAGACGCGGAAAAAAAAACUUCCGGUUCCGCUUUCGUUUCUAAAUAUCCGGCUUCCAAAAUUGGAGAGUCACCAAUUGCACGACGUACGCGCAAGGCAUCUGCAGACUCGGAAUUGAAUGCUUCCGGUUCCGCUUACGUUUCUGAAUAUCCGGCCUCCAAAAUAGGCUCUCCCGUCAUACCCAAAUUAGUGCUGCCCAGCAGCAAAAUGAAAAAUGCCAAGCACAGCGAUGCAGAGAAUGCGAAUCCUAGCCAGUCUCGUGACACGCGCUCACGUAGCAAGUCUCCCAAGGUUCAUAUUUCAACAUUGUUCCUCAAGGGACAGCACAACGGGAAUCAUGACAACAAUCUAGCACAGGAUUUUGGCGGAAGUAACAAGUCUAGGCGCAACAUCUGCGAUGCCAAGGCCAAAAUCUCACCCACAUUUCUCAAUAAGGCUGAGCCUGUUCAGCUGCGCACGCGACAGCAGAAGGCAAAUGCUUUAAGUAUUCCGCAGCUGGAUGGCGGUGAUGAUAACCUGACCAUUCCCAAGAAGCGGCCCAAGCUGGAGAAACUGCAGAAAGCAAACAACAGUCAAUCCACAGUAGAUACAGAUAAUUCAACACCCACCAAGCAGACGCCGAUUAAGAAAGCACCUGUGCUGCCAAAGGUAGUGCAACAUUUACGGAAUGAUCGGAAAGAUCGACGUGUUCUCUCCACGGAUGAUGAGAGCGUCAAAGAAAAGCGCAAGACUACGGCCUCGGAUAUUUGGAUAGAGGUUUGGUCCGAUGCAGAGGAGCAAUGGAUUUGCAUUGAUUUGUUCAAGGGAAAACUUCACUGCGUCGAUACUAUAAGGCGCAACGCCUCCUCGAAUAUGGCUUAUGUAUUUGCCUUUCAAGACGAUCUGAGUGUCAAGGAUGUGACGGCCCGUUACUGUUCCAGCUGGUCGACGACAGUCCGAAAGGCGCGUGUGGAAAAGUCCUGGCUGGAUAAUACUUUAGCGCCGUAUUUGGGACAUCGCACCAAGCGUGACAUACGCGAGGAUGAGCAGAUGCGUCGCAUACAUUCGGAUAAACCGCUACCCAAGUCCAUUUCCGAAUUCAAGGACCAUCCGUUGUAUGCACUGGAACGUCACCUACUCAAAUUCCAGGGCAUCUACCCGGCAGAUGCGCCCACCCUGGGCUUUAUCCGCGGCGAAGCAAUUUACUCACGCGACUGUGUCCACCUCCUUCACUCGCGGGAUAUUUGGCUGAAGAGCGCCAGAGUUGUCAAGUUGGGCGAGCAGCCCUACAAGAUUGUGAAAGCACGCCCCAAGUGGGAUAAGCUGACUCGAACUGUCAUCAAAGAUCAACCGCUGGAAAUUUUUGGUUACUGGCAAACUCAGGAUUAUGAGCCACCGACUGCCGAAAAUGGAAUUGUUCCACGAAAUGCUUAUGGCAAUGUGGAGCUCUUUAAGGAAUGUAUGCUGCCAAAGAAAACAGUUCAUUUGAGGCUUCCCGGUUUGAUGCGAGUCUGUAAGAAGCUGAACAUUGAUUGCGCCAAUGCGGUGAUUGGAUUUGAUUUCCACCAGGGCGCUUGUCAUCCAAUGUACGAUGGCUUUGUUGUCUGUGAGGAAUUUGGCGAGAUUGUGACUGCUGCCUGGGAGGAGGAUCAACAGGAGCAGGCUAGGAAGGAGAGGGAGAAAUAUGAGAGUCGCGUUUAUGGCAACUGGAAGAAACUUAUCAAGGGACUCCUCAUCCGCGAGCGUCUCAAGAGAAAAUAUAACUUUUAAGUUUCGUUUGAAUUUCCAUCGUAUUAAAUAUUUUGUAGUUUUUGUAGUUCACAAAAGUUUUCAAGUUGUAUUCAUGUUUUGUACUCGUAAUAAAUUUGCCAAGCUGGCUUCAAUUGCACAAAUUAA